GUAAACUAGAAAAUACAGGUUUGUUUUCAAAUGAAUGUUGUAAAGAUAAAAAGUUGUCAGAACAUCUACUUAAGAGACUACGUUUUUGUAUGAGUACUCCGUCUUUCUCCCAACAUUACAAACGCAAGCGUGUUGAGUUCAUUGAGUACUCUGAAUUAUCCAUAGGUAUGAAUGUAAAUGGUUGUUUGUGCACUUCAGUGUGUGCACUGCCUCGCCCAGACAGCUAAGAUUGGCUCAAGUUCACUCAUGACCCUAAGGAUAAUCAAUAUAGAGAGUAAAUGGAUAAAAAUUACAUUAUAAUUGAUGGAAUGGAUGGAUGUAUUGUGCAAUAUAGAAAAAUGCUACAAAGCUCUACAGUAAAUUGACGCCUAGUCUCCUACUUUACCAGUAUGCAUGUCAUACUAAUAAGGGCCAAAGUCAAGUACAGACACCCUCCAUUUUGUCAUGUAAAGUAAUAAAACUUAACCCAAAUGCUUUUAUAUGGAUCUGUGGCCUCGUGGAUUUCUCAAUGUGGGUUAUGAUAUGAUAGGACACAGCUCAUAUUCGUGUAUUUGGGUCACAGCACAACAUCCAGCAGCAUGUCAUAUGACACCCAACCCGUGCUGUACCACGUCAGAGUUUUCCAACACAGAGCUGUGUGUCAGGCUGAACUAGUUCAACCCCGGAGGAAUGUGUUUGUACAAGUCCGCUGUACUUUGCCCACCCUCUUGCUUGGAAAUAAUUACAGUGGGCCCCAAGAGCGUUCCUGGAAAAAGGCCUAUCCCUUGCACUUGUAAAAACGGGUUUAUAAUGCGAAAGGCGGGGCAUCGGAAUCCACACCACGUUUCGCAACAUACAAGUCAAUCUGGUUUGAGCUCAAUCUUUCUAAGAAUGAACCUUGUGAAACAUACUGGUGGGUGUCAUUGUGGAGCUGUGAGGUUUGAAGUUUGGAGCUCUCCACACCUCCAUGUUUUUGAUUGCAACUGCAGUAUUUGUACAAAGAAAAAAAACCAUCAUUUCAUUGUCCCGAAGUCCAACUUUACUCUUCUACAGGGUGGGGAUCAUCUGACCACAUAUACAUUUAACACCCACGCAGCAAAGCACACUUUCUGUAAAGUGUGUGGAGUCCAGAGUUUCUACACGCCACGCUCCAACCCUGAUGGAUAUGGUGUUGCCCCACACUGUCUGGAUCCAGGCACAGUCCAAAGUGUUACAGUAGAGAAAUUUGGGGGGGACAAAUGGGAAGAAAGCAUGAAAGCACACAAGACGAUCAGAGACAUGUCAAAACAGGAGGGCAUCAAACUGGAAGAAAUGAAAUAAUUUUACUGUGGCAUAAAAAUCGAAACUGUGUUUUUUUUGAUCAGCGUAAAUACAACACAACGUUUUUUUUUAACAAGAAGAAUGAACAUAAAAAUGAUUUUACAAAGCAAAACUGAUUCAUGUUGUGACUUUUAGGUCAUUGCUUUUAUUACACUGGUGACCUCAUGUGGACUUCAUGCACGCAGCAUUUCAGCAUUUAGUAUCAGGGAGUCUAUUCUGGUCGGUUGCUAGAUGCAUUGUGACAACAAUGACAGUGUCAAACUUGUCGGGGUUUACUCGCUGUUUCUUGAAAUUAAAUUAUUGUAAAUCAUGUAUACUCCACCAGCAAUGUGUUCCUGUGCAUACGGUCCAUUAUUACCCUUUCUAUAUAAACAGCUAAUGCGAUUAAAAAAGAGCUACAAGUGAAAAAAAAUCUUGGUCACCUUCUAAUACAUUUUAUUAACCUUUGGUCCAUGUGGAAUCAUCUGGAAUGUGUUGACGAACAUGUAGCGUGAGAAAGUGAUGUACAGAUACCGAAACCAAACCAGUUGAGUGCGAUGACAAAGCAUGGCGGCCUGAAAAGAUGAACGUUUAGAGAUGAGGAUAAAACUUGAAAAAAUAAACUGUUUUCAGCCAACUGA